CCCACUGUUUGUACAGCGUCCUCCGGAGUCAGUGCGCCACCAGAACACAGGCUGCUGGAAAAAGCGAUGCGCACCGAGCAGGACUCGCGUGAUGAUGGACACAGUUUUUUCGCGUAAAGACACGGCGAUGGAUUCCACGACGCCGUGCGGCGUUUUGAGCCCUUGCUGUUUCAGUUAAAGCUGGAAACACCAUCCCACAAGGUACGUAACAACUGGUUUGAGAUGUCGGACUUUCACAACCGAAGUCAUACCAACGCACGUCGCAGUGACUACGUGUGGCAGUAUGAAUAUUAUGAUGACGAAGAGCCUGUGUCUUUUGAGGGACUCAAAGCGCACAGAUACUCUAUCGUCAUUGGCUUCUGGGUCGGGCUUGCAGUAUUCGUCAUUUUCAUGUUCUUUGUUCUCACGCUGCUCACUAAGACUGGAGCACCACACCAGGAAAACCCAGACUCUGCUGAAAAGCGUCACAGACCGGGGAGCUGCCUUGUGGACAUCAACGGCCACCAGAACGAAAAUGACAAGGCCUUCUCUCGCCCGCUGCUAGCCGGGUCCCGGGCAUAUUUUAAUUUCUACAUCAAUGAGGAGGAUCAGGGUCAGGGGAAGCAGAAACUAGAUGAAAACGGGAGUUCUACCAAAGACAAAUGGGGCAUGAGCAUCAGGUCUUCUGGGGUGGAUGAGAUGGAGGAGGACCUGGAGGAAGACGGGGGACACCAGCGUCUCAGUGGACUAAUAGACAUGAGCAAGACAGACAAGGAGUCUCCCUUCCUGUCUCACUUCAACAUCCCAAACUUUGUGAACUUGGAUCACAGUUCCACACUUGGAGAGGACGAUCUGCUGUAUGAGCCGUCUGAUGUCCUCGAGCGUCAGUCUCGAGCUCAGCAUGCUCACAGAAACUCCCAAUGAGGCUGCCUCUAUGAAAACUCAAGCAUAGUAAUGUAAUUUAUCAUUUAUGAUGUGACCAUGCCACAUAUUAAACUACUUCAUAUAUACUUCAUUUUAUUCUAGAUUGUUCAUCUAUUAUCCAAUAGUGUCAUUCAUAAAGCAUAACAGGACCUGACUCAUGUGCCCAUUUCAUAUACAAACUCAAAGGUCUUCGAAGCUAUUUUCCUCGGUAGAUAAUAUUUUUAUUUGUAAUGAUGAUUCAAGUUAUUUUGAGUACUGCCAUCUGAACAGGAUGCAUCUGUGCUGCUCUGGACUCAACGUCCCACACAACAAGAAAUAAUGAAAGAGCAGAGUGAUCACAGGGGAGCGUAGCCUUGCAGAAUUCAUUUCGCUCCUCCGCUGUCUUUUUGAAACCGUGCUGUCUGGGACCUCACCGCAUCUGUUCACAGCCCUUGGUCAACUUAAUAUUUUUGGUUAUCAAAAGACAUCACUUCUGAAGGAUUAGUCAUAGCACACAUCACUUUUGCAGUCUGUUACACAUACACAUGAUGCGUUU